AUGAAACGCGUCGGAAAGUAUCAGUUGAUGAUUACAAAUACUCAUGAGACUCAAAAAAGAGAUAUUUUGAUACCAUGCCGUUACCAUAAGUUACAGGAUAACGUGAAAAGGCUGGGGGAAAGAAACAUCUUCAUCUGGGUAGUCCCAUUCCUUGAAGCAGCAUACUUAAAAUUGCGCGUGCCAUAUGUCAGGCAAGGAUAA